AGUUGCAAAUUUUCAUAAUAAACAAAAAAUAGCAGCAGAGGAAAAAUGAAGAAGCAAGUUUUAUUUAGUGUUUUUGAGUUUAUCAUCUUUCUUUGUUUUCAUUUUCUUUUCAUCAGUCUAGGUAUUGAAGCUCAGACAUGCGAUCCUAGCGGCACCAUACCGGGCACAACGCCACCACCAGGGCAAUGCAACCAAGACAAUAAUGCUGAUUGUUGUGUAGAAGGCGAAGUUUACACAACAUACACGUGUUCACCGCCGGUGUCCGACAAUACACCGGCAACCCUAACUAUUAACAGCUUCCAGGAAGGUGGAGAUGGUGGUGGCGCAUCAAAAUGUGACAACCAAUAUCACUCAGAUGAUGAACCCGUGGUGGCACUCUCAACAGGGUGGUUUAGCCAGAGCAGCCGUUGCAAUAAAUUUAUUAACAUCAAUGGGAAUGGAAAGAGUGCGAGGGCUUUGGUAGUGGAUGAAUGUGACUCUCAAGAAGGGUGUAAUGAUGAGCAUGCUUAUCAGCCCCCGUGCCGCAAUAAUAUUGUUGAUGCUUCAAAAGCAGUUUGGACGGCUUUAGGAGUGCCUGAAAGCGAACAAGGCGAACUAGAUAUUACCUGGUCCGAUGCCUAAUUGAUAAAUCUUACCAUAUUAAAUAAAUAUCUCAUCUAAUUUAAUAUUAGAAUAAAGCUUUCUUAGCUUUUUAGAUUAUGGUGUCACUUUUGGAAUCGGACCAUUCCUACUUUUUACAUAUUUAAAUAUAUUUAUGCAAUCAUUAUUACAUAUAA